GCCGACUACCUGCUCUGUCAGGUGGAGAACGGCGGCAUGGUCGGCUCGAACAAGGGCGUCAACCUGCCUGGCUCCAACGUCGACUUGCCCGCCCUCUCUGAGAAGGACCAGAAGGACCUCGAGUUUGGCAUCCAGCAGAAGGUGGACAUCGUCUUCGCCUCCUUUAUCCGCAACGGCGAACAGGUGCGCGAGAUUCGCCGUUUCCUCGCCGAGCGUGGCGGAGAGAAGAUCAAAAUCAUCAGCAAGGUGGAGAACCACGAGGGCGUGAAGCGCAUCGACGAGAUCAUCGAGCAUUCUGACGGCAUCAUGGUCGCCCGCGGCGAUCUGGGAAUUGAAAUUCCCCCAGAGAAGGUUAUCCUCGCCCACAAGAUGAUGAUCGCCAAGUGCAACGUCGCCGGCAAACCGGUCAUCUGCGCCACGCACAUGCUCGAGAGCAUGAUCAAGAAGCCGCGGCCGACGCGAGCCGAGGUGUCCGACGUUGCCAACGCCGUCCUCGACGGUUCCGACUGCGUCAUGCUGUCGGGCGAAUCGGCCAAGGGCGACUACCCCAUCGAGGCGGUGCAGAUGAUGCAGAAGAUCUGCCUGGAGGCGGAGGCGGCCAUCCACUCGCGCUCGCUCUUCUUUGAGCUCAACCUCAAGACCCGCUCACCCACCGACCCCACCACGGCGACGGCCAUCAGCGCGGUGUCCGCCUCGCAGAAACUCUCCGCCUCGGCGAUCAUCGUCAUCACCACGACCGGACAGUCGGCGCACCGGGUGGCCAAGUACCGCCCUCGCUGCCCGAUCAUCGCCAUCAGCCGCAAUGCGCAGGUCACCCGUCAGGCGCAUCUCUUCCGCGGCAUUCUCCCCGUCUUCUACAAUGAACCGCGCGAGGCCGACUGGACCUCUGACAUGGACGCCCGCAUUGCCUACGGCGUCGCUUACGGAAAGAAGAGGGGCUUCAUCAAGGAAGGUGACAGUAUAGUUUUAAUUACAGGUUGGAAAGAGGGUUCGGGUUUCACAAACACUAUGCGCAUCAUCACCGCCUGA